GGAAAAAACCAAGUGAGGCUGAGGGUCUUCCACACCAAAAAACUUGAGAGGAAAACACAAAAAGCUGAAAGAAAAGAAUUCUUUGUGAGAUCUAAACACUUUUGAGUGAUUCUGGUUUUUGUUUUUUAAAAUUCUUUCCCCCGAUUUUUCUAUUACACCCCGCUUCUCUGAAUCCCUUUCUGUUAAUCAUCUGUCUUUGGGAAAAAAAUCUGAUUUUUGGGUUUGUUUUUGAGUACUUAACAAUUCAUAGAAAGCAAACUUAGACAAGGAUUUAUUCAAAAGCCAGGUGUUUUCAGAAACGAGAUCCAGGAUUUUUAUUUUGUUAUUAUAAAGUUGCUAUCUUUUUUCUCCUUCACCAAUCUAUAUUGUAGAUUUUUUUCCCAUUUCGUUUUUUCUGUAGAUAAAAUCAGCUUAGAGGGUGAUUUUUGUUCCCUCAAGUUCGAUUUUCUUAGGCUUAUCUUGGAUUUCAAGGGGUUGUCUAUUUGGAAAGAAGCCUCCUUAAUCCUUCUUCUGGUUCUGAAACCUGUUCUGAAGUUUUGGUAAGAAACAGGUUGCUUUUUUUUUUUUGAUCUUUUCUUUGUUAAGUUUCAAUCUAUUGUUUGUUUUUUGUUUUCAAGAGAUGGCAGCUACAAUGGAUUUCUAUAGUAGCGGAGCAGUUCAGUCAGAUCUGUAUGGGGGAGAGUUGAUGGAAGCACUUGAACCUUUUAUGAAAAGUGUUGCCUCCUCUUCCUCUUCUUGCCCGUCCCCUUCUCCGUCUUCUUCUUACUCUUCUUUUUCUUCACCUUCUCCUUCUCCUUCUCCAUCUCUUCCUUCUACUUCUUACCUCUCUUUCUCUUCUUACCACACACAACCCAAUUUUUACCCAGGUGGUUGUUGUUACUCCACAACAAUUGACCCAUUUUCAGGUCUCCAGCAGCAGCAGCAACCUCAACCUGGUUCAACAAUUGGGCUAAACAACUUAACCCAAGCUCAGAUCCACCAGAUCCAGGUUCAAUUCCACCUCCAAAACAGCCAACCAAGCCACCUUUACCAAAAUCCCCAACCCCAAAACAACAACCAUAUGCUCAGUUUUCUUAGCCCCAAACCCAUCCCAAUGAAACAAAUGGGUUCACCACCAAAACCCAUCAAGCUUUACAGAGGAGUUAGGCAACGUCACUGGGGAAAAUGGGUCGCUGAGAUCCGGCUACCUAAAAACCGGACACGUCUUUGGCUAGGCACUUUUGACACAGCCGAGGAAGCAGCCUUGGCUUACGACAAAGCAGCCUAUAAACUAAGAGGUGACUUUGCGAGACUCAACUUCCCUAACCUUCGCCACCAAGGUUCCCACAUCGGAGGCGAUUUCGGUGAAUACAAGCCUUUACAUUCCUCUGUCGAUGCUAAGCUACAAGCCAUUUGUGAGAGCUUGGAACAAAAUCAAAAGCCAGGAAACAAGAAAAAAUCGUCAAAGGAGACAGCUGCAAAUAAGAGCAAGAACAACAAAGUCCACGUGGCAGAGCCUGAGCAUGAGGAAAAGACAGUCAAGGUGGAGAACUCCUCCUCAUCUUUGUCUCCGGUUCUAUCGGAGAGUGAGGGGUCAGCAGAGUCUUCCCCCUUGUCGGAUCUUACGUUCUCGGAUUUCAAGGAACAACCAUGGCCUGAAGUUGAUUCUCCUUCGGAGAAUUUUAUGUUGGCGAAAUACCCUUCUUAUGAGAUUGAUUGGGAUUCUAUCCUAAAAGCGUAAAAGAAAAAAAAACGUGUUUCAUUCCCUGUAACAGUCCUUUUGUGUUAGGGGUUCUUAUUUUUGUGUAUCCUUUUCUCCAUUUGUAAGCUCACUGCAAUGAAGUUUUUGGCAGUUGCAGUGGUCAGUUAUUUAGGUUAUUAUGAGUCUGUUUAUGGGUAGGGUUUUAAGUAUUUAAUUGUGUAAGCCUUAUGUUUGUAAGACUCUGAGAUCUUCUCCAUGGUGGUCAGCUCGUUUUUAAUCUUGCUGGACCAACGGAGAAAUUUGUUAGUGUCCAUUAAAGUUCAUAGCUUUUGUAAUUGGAAUCUAUUAAUGUCAUGGGUCUUUAUCUAUUUUUUGUGCCAA